AGUAGUCGAGCACUGGUCGCAAGGAGCCGUUUUGUGCUAGAUUGGGGUCGCUGUCGUGCUCCGUGUUCGAUUGUGUCGUCGUGUGCUGAUUUCAUCUCGGUCGAUCGAAUCCCGUCGUCAUUGAUGAUUGCCUGAAAGCGAGAUAGAGUCUUAGUUUUCGAACGGCAGGGAGCUGUUACUAUACAAAACGAGCCUGGAGUGAGAGUAAGGCAGGUCACUCGUCCGAAUGAACAACUGCGAGUCCGUGGAGUGAUCGAAGUCAGUGCUGUUCAUUUCACGAUACUUCAGCCAGCAGUUGUGUGCUCUCGUUAGCGGUUCGAAAUGGUGGCCCUUCAGCUCAGUACUUUGUUUCUUGCUGCGAGUGAAGCCGGUGUGAAAGCGGAUGUUUGAAACGGGUGGGGCGUAGCGAGCUUCACGAGUUGAGAACGAGGAGUGUGGCGUUCUGCUUGGCGAGCAGGAGGCUGAGCUUGGAAAGGCACAAUGCAGGGCGACAGGAAGCAGUCAAGAUAUGGGAAAAUGCGAGCUUCGUUCGAUUCGGAGGGAACCAGUCUAGGACCCUCUCCUCCUCAAUCACCGCCCCGUUCUACUACGGGUAGUCAUGGGCAUCCCCACCCGCUGUAUUACGUGCAGUCUCCCUCACGAGACUCCAUCACUUUCAAUGAAGGCGACUCUCUGUCUCAGUCUUACGCGAGAUCUACCCCUUCUGGUAGUCCUCUGGCCUCGCCUUUGCACAAAUCAUUCACGACGAAAAGUCACCACCAAGAAGUCCAUCACCUCCACAGUAUUCCAGGAAGCAACCCAAAGCCGGGCUCGAGGCGAGUCCUCCCUCAGCCUGCAAAUGUCGCCGCCCCCGCAGCCAAGAAAGGCUACCAGCCUUGGAAUGCCAGUACCAUUCAGGAGGAGGAAGAACAAAUGCCCUCGUCUGAGAAGAGAGGCCUGUCACGGUGGUGCAUCGUGUUCCUAGCUGUUAUUUUUUCUCUGGUUUUCAUUUUCAUCGUCGGCCUCAUAUUCUGGCUCGUUUGCCGUCCCUCAUCGCCCGUCAUCUCUGUGAAGAGCAUUCAGUUUCAAAAUUUCCUCCUCGCGGAAGGCAAUGACCAGUCCGGAGUUCCUACCAAGGUGCUCACCGUCAACUGCACGACCACGUUGGUAUUUGAAAAUCCUUCCAAGUACUUCGGCUUCCACGUCUCCCCCGCGCAGAUGCGGGUGAUCUAUCAGCAGCUGGAGGUUGCCGACGGAGAGUCGAAGAAAUUUUAUCAAAAGAAGCAAAGUACAGGCACCAUCGUAGUGUCAGUACAUACGAAUAAGGCGCCCGUGUACGGCGCAGGGCCGAGUCUUACCAGCACCUUCAGCGCCGGGCAGGGAGUUCAACUCCAACUGCAAAUUUACGUUAAGUCGCGUGCGAAUGUGGUCUGGAAGAUUGUGAGACCCAAAUAUACGAGCAGAAUCACAUGUAACAUUAUCGUGGACUCAAGCAAGUCUGGAAAUUUGAAACUUCUCCAAAAGGUGUGCAAGCCCAGCUAAGCCAGGGGCUCGAAUCAGGCUCUCACCUCUCCGUGAGAGUCGUGUGACAUUAGUAUUGGAUUCCGAUCUCAGCACUGCUUGACGUUUAUUUUAUAUUCUUCUUUCAACCGCUUGCAGGGAUGUACAUUUUACCGAUCCAUGCUGUAUCUGUGCUAUAGUUGUAGAUGGUUUAGGACCGAAUUAGGAUCACUCUAGCAGCUUUAUCUGGUUAACCUACUCCAGCGUGGGGGACGUGAUGUAUCAGAGGUGGUUCCAAAUUAUCAGCGUUCCACCACGAGCAGCCGAACUAGUGCCGGAGGAAAUUCUCUGGUCUCAUGUAAACUAAUUGCGGUGUUGGCAUCUUUUGUAGCACUGACAGGGAGCGACUUUUUAGCUCUUCUCAGUGUAUUUUUGUUGUCGAGAGAGGUAUAAGACACCAGCACUUUGCUGGCCUAAGUUACUGAAAUUGUAGAUAUCACCGGGAUAGUGGUGUUAAGGAGUGGAUUGGCCUUCAUCUUGUAUCGUUAAGACAGAUUCACACAAGCGUGUGGCAACUUCUAGGUUGCCGAGUGGGUUUCUUCCAGGCUGCUUUCUACUUCGUCGAGUUUCGAAAAAGAAAUAAAGAUCUAUAUAUAAAUAUAAUAUUGUGGUUAUAGGUCGACC